AUGUUUGAAAAAAUUCUCUCAAGAAUUUUAUUGACGUAUUUUGGUAAAUUCAUUAAAGGCUUUGAUCAAACAACUUUAUAGUUGGCUCUUUGGAGUGGUAACAUUGUUAUAGAAAAUGUUUCAUUAAAGACAGAAAUAUUUACAGAUUUAGAAUUACCAUUAGAAUUAAAAUUCAGUUCAAUAGGUAGAUUAAUUCUAAAAAUACCUUGGAAUAAAUUAUCAUCUGCUCCUGUAGAAGUUGUAUUAGAAAAUAUUUUGAUUGUAUUUAAUCGAUUACCUUAAUAAAGAUGGGAUAUUGAUGAUUCCAUAUAAAUUAAAAGAAAGUUUACUAAAUUAUUGGAAAAGGUUAGAUAGAGUAUUUCUCUAAAAAAGAAAGAACAAAGUGAGAAUUCUGGGUACUUUGAAAAAUUAACACUUAAAGUAAUUGACAAUUUGUAAGUUUCCUUGAAAAAUAUUCAUUUUCGUUUUGAAGAUUAAAAUUAUUCAUGGGGUAUUAAAAUGGAUUCUUUAACAGCAUUAACAACUAAUGAGCAAUUUGUUGUAGCUUUUGUUGAUAGAGACGAUAAAAAUACAAAGUUUGUACCAAGAAAUAAAUUAAUUGAUCUAAACAAUUUAUAAUUAUAUUGGAAUACUAAAGAAACCAUUUUUGUAUCUGAAAAUAUUCCAGAAGAAUAACUACAAAUUUUUAAUUAUGUCAUUUAAAUAAGUGCUUAAUUUAAAUUAAUAAUUAAUCAUAAAGAAAGAUUUGAAAAACCACAUUAUCUUUUAGAUAUGUAAUUAGAUCAAAUUAAUUUAAAUCUAAGGCAUACUUAAUUAAUAUAAAUAAUAUCAUUUUUAGAAUUAAUUUCAAAUUAUAACAGUAGAUUAUGGUCUUAAAAAUAAGAAUUAUUGUAAUAAGAUGUUAAUAUUUAUUAAUCAAAAUAUUGCGAUGUUUUCAUAUUGUUUUUGAAAAAUGAUUUAAAAGAUAUUGAAUAAUUAGGAGAUGAAGAUGAAACUCUUGAAUUUAAAAAAUUAAUUAGAUCAGUUCCUUUUAAAUAAUUAGAAUCUUGGAGUUAAUAAGCAUAAAAAAAAUAUUUAUUAGAUUUAAAGGUUUAAGAAUAUUAGAAAUAAAAAUCUAAAAAAGAAAAGGGUUGGUUCAAUUUUGUGGGGGGAUAAACAUAAGAGGAAAUUAAUGAUUCUGAAUUAAAAUCCCUAGAAGAAUUUAUUGAUAAUGAAGAAAUCAGUAUAGUGUGUAGACCUUCUGAAUCAGUAAAAUUUAAACUUAUAGCAAAAUUAAAGUAAGCUCAUAUAUAAUUGGUUAAAGAUAAUAAUACUUUUUAAGAUGAAGGAAUAAUAAAAUAAUUAGAAUAAAUAGAAAUAGAUUGGACUUAAUAUGAAAACAAAGAUUUCUCAUUUUCUACAAUGAUUAAAAAAGUUAGUUUAUAAUUGGUAAAAAAUUAGCAAAUUGAAGAAAUUUGUUAGCCUACUUAAGAAACAAAGGAGUUUCUUAAAAUAUCCUUAACAAAAACAACUACUAUAAAGGUUUGUAGAUUGGAUUUUCGUUUUCUGAUGUAGAGUUUAACAAUAAAUUAUAAUCCUUGUAUAAUCAGAAUAAUAAGAGAAAUAGCAGAAGUUAAAAAAGGAGAUUAUGUUGAAUAGACUUUGAAAACCGCAACAUGGAAUUAAAUAGAGAAAAUAUAAGAUUCAACUGAAUCUUAGUUAUAGAAUAUUUUAUAAUCAAAUAUUCAAUUAAAUAUUGAUACUUAGAUUUUAGAACCAAUAUUAAAAUUAUCAAUAAAUAAUAAUGAGUUUUGGUUGGUGAAAAUGGAUAGCUUUCAUAUUAGUACAAAAGGUUCUAAUUAAUAAGAUUUAUAUGAGAAAUUUGAUAUUUCUUUGAGCAACUUCAAAUUUUUAUAUUAUCCAGAAAGAUUUGAGGAUUAAACAUUGUAGGUUUUGAAUGAUUAUAAUUUAUUUAUUUAAGUUUAAAGGUUGAAGAGUAUCAAUCAUGAAUUAAUAAAAAAAGAAAAUAAACCUAUAAUUAUAAUCUUAGGAAAAUUAGAUCCUAUUAAUAUUACGAUUAAUGAAAAGGUAUAUAAACAUUUAGUUUAUUUACCUGAAACCAUUUAUCCUACAUAAUCUGAACUUUAGAGAUUAUAAUAGUUGGAAUUAGAGAAAUAGCUUAUAUUAAAAUAUAAAGUAAAAGAUGGAAUUUUAAAAAGACAAGGAUAAUUAAUCAAAACAUGGAAUUCUUAAUUUGUAGUAUUAAGUAACUUUGAUUUAUAUUUUUAUGAUUAAGAAAAUGUUUUAAUGGCAAAUUCAAAAUUAAGUUUAUUCAAUUCAACUUUGUAAUUAUUGCAAGUCGAUGAUUAGUAACAUUCCUUUAAGAUAACUAAUAAAUCUGGAGAAUAUAUUUUUGCUUGUGAAAAUAAAAAUGAAUUAAGAGAUUGGAUUAAUAAAAUUAAACUGUAAAUUUAAUAAUAUUAAUCUUAUGAAGAAAUUUAAGAAAAAUAAGUAGAAUAAAUAAAGGUUAAAUAAAAUGACUAAAUGUAGAUUGAUUUAUCAAUAAAGAAGAUAGAGGUGAAAUUAUAUAAAGAUAAUAAUUAUCCUAGUGUUUAUUAAGAACAUCUUUUAUUUUUGUUAAAAAUAAAUAACUUAAAUUUUUAAACAAUUAAAUAACAAUAAAUUUAGCAACUAAUAUAGAUUGAUAAUUUAUCAAUUUAAGAUUGGAUAUUUGAUUAUAAAAAUCCUCAAAAUUAAGAUUUGAUUAUUUUAAGUAAUAAAGUUGAAAGUCAACCUUCUUUAAGAAUAGAAUUAACUCCAAAAAAACAAAAGAUAAAUGUAGAUUAAUUAUAAAUAAAUUGGAAACCAGAUACAUUUUUAAAGAUUAGAUUAUUAUUAUAGAUAAUCGAAGAUAGGAAAUCAAGGAAAUGGUAUUUUGCAGGUGUUCGAGAUUUUGAAGCAGAAUAGUUGAAAAGAGGAAGGAAUUGUGAUUAAGAAGAAUUAAAGAAAAAUAAAUUAAUUGAUGGAUUAAAAGCUGAAUUUAAUAAAUGUCAAAGAUAUGGUUAAUCAAAAUUGAAAGUGAAACAAAAGUUUAAUACUUUGGUUGAUCAUUAAAAUUUUUUGAAUGAUUAUGAAUGGAUUGAGAAUCAGAUUUUAUCAUAAUAUCAAAUAAAGAGUAGCAAGAAUACAAUAAUGGAAUUGGAAACAUCUAUAAAUUUUAUUUCAGUUAAUUUCUUUCAUAGAACUAGUCAUAGUUUGCUUUUUAAAUGUGAUUUAGAUGAGGUGAAAUUUACAUUUAAAAAAUUAUAAUUUAGUUAUUAUUUGGAUACUCAUUUGAAAGAUAUAAGUUUAUAUGAUAUGACAAAUUAUCCAUUUACGAUAGAUAGCAAUUUAUAUUUUGAUUUGAUAAAACCAUAGAAAUUAUUAGGGAAGAGAGAUUAAUAUGAUGAAUGGGUUGUAAGAUUUAGAUUUAGUGGAUAUGAUGAAAUAAUAAUAGCAAAUUAAGAUAGAGUUAAUGCAUUUCUUUUAAUUGAAAUAAAUCCUGUAUUUGCAAUAUAUCAACAUUAACCUUUAAUGAGAUAGAUAGAUUAUAUAGUAAAUUAAAUAGUUACUUUGAUAAGAGAACCUGAAGCAUUAACUAUGAAUACUGGAUAUAUUGAACAAAAGAGAAGGAAUAAUAAUUAAUUGAAAGCAAAAAGAGUAUGGGGUGAUAUAGAUUUAAUUUAAUCUAAAUUUAUAUGCCCAACAUUUUUAGAUUUGAGAAUUAUUAUAAAUAAACCAUUGGCAAUUAUUAAGGGAUGGCCUGAUUUUACUGAAUAUUUUUAAUUGGAUUGUGAAGUAGUAGAAGUAUAUAAUAAAUAAUAUAUUGAUAUGAGUAGAUUGUUAUAAGAAGGAGGUAUUUAAUUGAUAUAAUCAAAUGAAGAAUGGAUGCCUGAUGGUAAAAUUAGAAAAGCAUGGAGUGAAGCAUAUUGUAUUGAAGGACACAAUAUGCAAAUUUAAUAUUUUGAAGGAGGAAUUAAUUAAAUUAGUUCUUUAUUUGAAUUUAAUUUAUCAUUUGAAAGAGCCUUACAUUAUUUUGAAAUAAAUGAAUUGUAUGAUAAUGUGAUAAUGGAUGGAAGUAUCAGAAUUCGAUCAUGUAUGUCUCCUAUAAUAUUGAAAUUAUACAGAAAAGAAUAUUUAGAAAUAUGUAAAAUGAUAUUUCAUAAUUUUACUAAUGAUGAUUUUAAAGAUAAAUUAUACAUACAUGAUUUUGAAGUUGUUCGUUUAUUUGAACCUGCUCCAAUAUCAUUUUGGUUAGAUUUUAUGGAUAUUUCAAUAUUUGCAUUAAGCAAGAAAUCAUAAUAACCAUUAGUAUAAGUAAAUAUGAAAUUAUUGAGAUUAGAAUGGUUGAAAGCAACUCAUAUAAAUUUAAAUUUGUUUAGUUAAUUAAUCACUAUGUUUCAUUAUGAUGAAUUAAAUAAUGAAUUAGGAUUUGUGGGAGAACUGAAUUCAAAUCAAAAUUAAGAUAAACUAUUUUAAGUGAAUUAAUUGAUAAAUGGUGAAAAACCCACAAAACAAAGAGAAGAGUUCAACAGAUAUAUUUUUGAUCAAGAUUUUAAUAAGGAAUAAUCUUAAUUUUAAAUGUUAUUUUAUAUAUAAAAGCCGAGUUCAGAUAAAGAAUGUCAUAUAGUUUUAAAAAAUGUUAGAAUGACAGUAGAACCAACAAUAUUUAUAAAUGUAGGUUUAUGGAGUAGAUUGGAGUAAUAAUGUUGGCCUAUUUAAACAGAAUUUGGAGAGAUGCCAAGUAUUAAAUUAAUUGUUGAGAUUUUAAAUUCAAGUUUAUGUCUGUAAGGAUUGGAUAAUAAUUACAUACUUGGAACUAAAGGUGAUAUUUCAUAUGUUUGGAAUAGAAGUAGAUUCUUACAUCCCGAUCAAAUAAUCAUAAAUCUAAAAAAUAAUUAAUUAGAUAAAAAGUAAAUAGAUGUUAUAGGAGAUGCAUUUGAACAUAAAGUAAAUUUAAAGAAUUUAGAACUAUUUAAAUGCAAAUUCAUCGAUUAUAUAAAUUAUGAUCUUAAAUAUGUAAGAAAGAGACAUAUCAUUUUACCAUUCUCAUUAUUUUUCUGUAUUAAAAAUGAAUUGUAAGUUGAAUAUAGUAAGUAAUUCAUCUAUUAUCAUAAUAAAUAUUCACUUCAUAUUGAUAAAACUAUAUGUAAGUUUUCUUACUAGGAUUUAGUAUUAAUAAUGAGUAUAUCAGAUAAAUUGAAAUCGAGUAAAUAAGAAAUUAUUAGAGAACCUAUUUACUAAAUAGAAGAGAUUAUGAAUUAAGAAUAACCAAUUAAUAAUUUAUAUGAUGCUAUUAUUAGUGGAUUAUAAAUUGUAGUUAUAAAUGAUGCUGGUGAAGCUUAUGUUCCUGUCUUUGAUUUAACAUUAUCAGAAACUCAAUUGUAAUUUCAGUAGGCCAACUCUAAAUCUAUAUUUUCUACUGUAAUUAAAUUAAGUAGUUCAUUUUAUAACCCUAAGAUUGCUAUUUGGGAACCAAUCUUAGAAAGUUGCAAUUUUUCAAUUGAUGUAUGUUUAAAUCCUAAUGGAGAACCUUAAAAAAUUAUAUUCUUAGAGAUGAUUUAAGAAUAAUAAACUCUCAAUAUCAAUUUAUCUGCUUAAAUGAUUAGUGUUUUUCAUAAAACAUUCAUUUCAUGGAAGUAAGAGAUGGAACAAAAUAAAAAAGAUCAAAGAAAAUCUUAUAUAGAAUAAUAAUCUGAUAAAUAAUUAGAGAGAUCUAUGAGUAUUUAAAUAGAUAAAUCUUUACAAAAUUUUAAAUAGUAAAAGUAAGAAUAUAAUGAAUAAUAAAUAUUCCCAGAUGAAAGAAUUGAUAAUGUUGAUUAUGUUUCUCCUUACACUAUAAGAAAUGAAACAGGAUUUAUACUUGAAAUUAGUGAUACAACAAAUAUAAAUAGAAAGUAUAUUCUAUAGUCUAAUUCUUCAAUUAAUUUUGAAAUUGAUGCUGAUUUUGAUUAAAUGUUUGCUAGAGAAAGAGAUGAUUUACCAUAAUAAUAAUAAAGAUUAGUUACUAUCAAAGUUAUACAUAAUAAAUAUGAAUUUGAACCUAUGAAAUCUAUAGAUUUAGAUUGUAUCAAAGUUACAAGAUGUCCAAUCAAACCUAUUAAUAAAAACACCAAUCACACUUUUAUGUUAUUCAUAGAAGUUGUACCAAAAGAUACAAGAAAACUACUUUUGAUUUCUUCAGAAACCAUAAUUUUCAAUUAAACCAAUAUGGUUAUUGAUUUAUAAUUAUUUGAUCUAUAAGGCACUUAAGAAUCAAAAAAUAUUUAUUAAGCUCAAAUUGAACCUUUUAGAGCAUUUAGUGUACCUAUUGAUAGAACCAGAUAAUAUUUUCAUUUUAAAUUUGAAGGGGAUUAAAAAUAUAGUCAUUAUAUUAAUUUAAGAUACUUAUCUGAUAAUAUUGAAAAGAAAUAUGAAUAUAAACAUAAUGAUUAUUUCACAAUAAUUAGAUGUUCUAAAAGAAAUGUUAAUUAAACUAUUGUUUAUUUGGAAUCACCAUUUUAAAUUAAAAAUUGUUUACCUAUCAACAUUUCAUAUGAAUUAUAUGGUGAUUCUGAAUAAGAUUUAUUAAAUGAUUCUAUAAUUAUCCAUUAAUAAUAAAUUGAUAAUGAAUAAUCAAAUCUCACUAAUAUUAAUCUUAAACACUUAGACAAAUAUUAAUAUGAUAAUUUGUAGUAGAGAGAAAAGGGAUAGAUCAUGAAAUAAGAAUAGAAGUUAAUACACACUAUUUCAUCUAAAGGUAGAUUAGCUAUUACUUUAAAAUUACCAUUCUUUUAAAAUUCAGGAAUUCAUAUGUUAUAUCAUGCUAAAUUCGGUCCUUUUUUAGUUGACAAUAUUUAAUUAUGUGACUUUUUCGGAAAUACUACUGGAUAUGUACUAAUUGAUCAAAUUAAAAAUGUAUUUUAUAUCUAUUGUAAAUAAAUGAUUGUCAACGAAUUACCCUUUAAAGUUUAUUGUUAUGGAAUGACAGACAUUAAAAAAGGCAAUCCAAGUAUUAUUGCUGGAUAACCUAUGAAAGAUUUAUAAUCAAAUGAUUCAGAUGAACUUCAAAAUAUUACACUUUUUAAUGACUAAUAAUAUAUAUCAUUUUCUGCUACUGAGAACCAUAAUUAAUUUUCUGAAACAUUAAAUUUAAAUUACACUGGAAAUUAAACUGUUAGAAUACAAACUGAAUUAAAUUAAAUUAUAGAAGUUGGUUAUAAUAUCUCUUUAAUGUGUGUAGACAGAUAAAAACCUUUAGUAACUAAGGUUUUAACAAUUUCACCAAGAUUUAUCAUCGUUAAUUAAACCUAAAAUACUAUCCAUAUACUUCAAGAAUCAAACCAUUAAUAUUUGGAGAUAAAAUCAAUGGAUAGAAAACCUUUGGUUUGGUAUUCUACACGUUAUUAAUACAUUUCUAUUCAUUAUUAGGAUGAAUUCAUUGAAUGGUCACCAGCUAAUCCAAUUGAUCCAAAUGGAAAUGGUUUCCAAUGUUUUACUAUUAGAGCUGUUAAUAAUCUAUCAACAAUAAAACACUUUAAUUGUAUAUCAAAUAGAGACAAUUAAAUAAUCUAUUUAAUAAUUGUAGAGUGUAAACCAAUAGCUCUAUUAAAUUCAAUCUAUGAAUAAUAAUCUUAAAGAAAUUCAUUAAUUUAGUAAUAAUAGUAAUAAAAAUAAAUUAUAAAUGCCAAUUAAGUUGAUCCACCUUAUGUGAUUGUGAAUAAUUUGGAAUUGGUGAAUUUGAUUUGUUAUCAAUACUGUUGUUCAGAUGAAAAGUAUAGCCAUCGAUAUAAAUUCACUGAAUACAAAUUGUAUAUUAAUAAUAACUAAGAAUGUGCAUUUUCUUGGGAAUAUCCAUGCGAAAGAAGAGAUUUAGUGAUACAAUUGUAAUUUGAAGGAGAAUUGAGAACUCAUUAUCAAAUGAAUCCAAUAUUUAUCAACCUUGAAGAAGCUGAAGCUGUUAAAAAAUAUGUGAUAUCAAGUGGAUUAAAUGAAUAAGAACAAUACAAAUUUUAUAUAAUUUCACUUUGGGAAGGUGCUAGUAGAAAAUUAAAGUUUUAAUAAUAAGAAGUUGAGAAUUAAUAAGAUUAACAUGAUACAAAUAUAUUAAAAUUAGAUAUAAAUUUAAAUAAUGUAGGUAUUUCAUUAAUAGACUAAUUUUAUACAAAAAGGGUGGAGUUAAUUUAUAUUUAUUUCUAAGGGCUUGAAUUUAACUUAUUAUAAACAACUCAGAGCAAAAGAUCAGAAUUCAAAGUGAAAUAUAUCAAUAUCGAUAGUAAUUCAUCAAGUAAGACUAUGUUUCCUGUAAUAUUUACUCCGACUAAAUACAAGGAGAUCUUUGAGUUUAAUAGAUUUCAUUUAUAUUUUUUACUUGAAUAAUCUACUUAGGUAAAAUCAAUUUCACUGAUAAAAAAUAUAAGAGCUUGUCUUCAACCAACAACAUUAAGAUUUACAUCUGAAAUGUUAGAACAAUUAUAUUAAGUUUAUAAAUAGAUUACAUAAUCAUUCAAAUCUAAUUUAAGAGGGGAUGAUUAAUUAAAAAAGUUUGAUUUUGAAUAUGCAAUCAGCUAAGAAGAAUAGUAGAAAUUGCAAUAAUCAAAUAGUGUUACAUUAUCAAACAAAGUUUAAAAUAAAUAUGGAGUAGGAUCUUUUGGAAUAUAAAAUAAUAUAGAAUGGUAAGAACUGGUGAUUGAAUUGAAUGAUUAAUAAGCAACAUAUAUCAAUAAGAUUGAGAUAUCUUCUCUUAACUUUAAUUUAACUUUUUAUAGUAGUGCAAAAUCCAGUCUAUAGUACAAUAUGUUGACAUAAAUAUUAAAGACAAUAGGAAUAGUGGCAGGAAAUAUUGAUGAAGCUCCAUUAAUAUUAGAUGGAAUAUCUUUAGAGAAUUCAUUUGAUACAUCACAUGCUAUUAUGACUAUAUUGGCAACCCAUUAUAAAGAUAUGCUUUUUAAUUUGAUUUUAAAAUUAUUAGGUUCGAUUGAAAUCUUUGGUAAUCCUGUGGGGUUAGUAAAACACUUAGCAAAAGGAGUUUAUGAUCUAUUUGAUAAACCUAUUGAAGGUUUUAUAAAAGGUCCAAUUGAAGGUGGAAUUGGAAUAGUUAAAGGAGCUGGAAGUUUAGUUAAAAAUACUGUAAGUGGAGUCUCCAAUUCUACUAGUAAGAUUGCUGGAAGUAUUAGUGGUAGUUUGGCUUAUAUUAGUUUAGAUAAAGUAUAUAAAUAAGAGAGAGAAUAAAUAAGAGUUGUUAAACCAAAUUAAUUAUUGUCUGGAAUAUAUUUUGGAGGAUAAAUGUUAUACGUAUCCCUUACAAGAGCUGUUGUAGGAGUGUUUGAUUUACCUGUCAAUUAAGCUAAAAGAAAAGGAAUGAAAGGAUUAACUAUUGGAAUACUUGAAGGUACUGCUGGUUUUUUUAUUAAACCAUUUGCAGGAGUAUUUGAUUUUGUAAGUAAGACAACUGAUGGACUUAAAGCUACUGCAUAAUAUUGGGAUGAUAAAGCAAAUGAUAAGAGAACCAGAGAUAUUAGGGUUAUGUAUUAAUAAGAAUAAUUGUAUAAAAAUUAUAAUGAGAAAGAUGCUAAAAUUAUGUAAUUUUUAAUUAGCAUGAAUAAUAAAUUAGAGGAUUAUUAUUACUAUGAUAGUUUUGAAUAUGAGUCAGGAGGCACAGAAUUAGUUUUCGUUUUGAUGUAUUAACAAUUCUUUAAUUGUGACAGAAAGAAUAAAAGAUUUAUAUGGUUAAUCGAUCCGAAUAGUGUAUAAGAUGUUUAAAUGAUUAAUGAUGGUGUUUUGUUUUUGUUAAAAGAUUACAACGAAAAGUAUAAAGUACUUUUUUUGAGUUAUUUAAUAGGCUUAACAAGUAUAAUUACAUAUGACAUAAUAAAGAUAGAAGGAAUAAGUGAUAUUAAAAUCUUAAUGGCUCUUGAGUAAUAUUUGA